CCCGGGUGCAGAGUGAUGACGCCAGCAGCAGCACUUCCGCUCCGCUGUUUCGACACGCUGUAGCCGCACGAGCGCCAGACGUUGCAUUCGUUAGUGUUGACAAUUCGGGCUUUUUAACGGGAGUUACCGGAACACAAUGGCGCCCUGAGGUCGGGAAUAAGAUGCGUGAAGCCUGUGUUUGCCUGGAAGACUGGAGAGAUCCUGUAGUGGAAAGGAGCUAACCCACACAUGGCCUGCGAGUCGGCUUUCCCCGCCAUCAUGGACGAGCAGGCCCUCAUGGGACUGAACCCCAACGCUGAUGCCUGCUACCGGCAGCGAGCAUUGGCAUAUUUUGAGCAGCUGAAAGAAUCUCAGGACGGAUGGGAGGUGUGUGCUGAAGCGUUGGCUAAAGGCAUCUACAGUGAUGACCAUGUGAAGUUCUUCUGUUUUCAAGUUCUGGAGCAUCAGAUCAAAUACAGGCAUGCGAGACUCACUGGAGCCCAGCAGCAGCUUAUUAGAGAGACUUUGAUGAAAUGGCUUCAGUUGCAGUUGAUGAGCGCACAGCCUGAGAAGCCGUUCAUCAAGAACAAGGCUGCGCAGGUGUUUGCGCUCACCUUUGUCAUGGAGUACCUGACGCUGUGGCCCAAGUUCUUCUUUGACGUGCUCUCGCUGGUGGGCCUGAACCCGCAUGGCCUGGACAUCUAUCUGCGCACGCUCAUGGCCAUCGACGCCGAGGUGGUGGACAGGGACAUCUUGCACUCCCCAGAGGAGACGCGCAGGAACACACUGAUUAAGGACAGCAUGAGAGAGACAUGUAUCCCAGCCCUGGUAGAGUCGUGGUAUCAGAUCCUGCAGACGUAUCAGAGCAGACACAGUGAGCUCACGUGCCAGUGCCUGGAGGUAGUCGGUGCAUAUGUGUCCUGGAUCGACCUCAACCUCAUCGCCAACGACAGGUUUGUGAAUCUGCUGUUGAGUCACAUGUCAGUGGAGGAGCUGAGAGAGGAGGCAUGCGAUUGUCUGUUCGAGAUCGUUAAUAAGGGCAUGGACCCGGUGGACAAAACCAAACUGGUGGAGUCUCUGUCUCAAGUCCUGCAAAACGCAGGCUUCUUCAACGUGAAGCAGGAGGAGGACGUGGACUUCCUGGCUAAGUUCUCGCGCCUGAUGAACGGAAUGGGUCAGGCUCUGGUGUUAAGCUGGACCAAACUCACUAAAACGGGAGACAUGAAGGUCGCAGCAGAAACCCUGCAGGCUCUGGAGGCCAAGAUCCCACUCAUGCUGCAGCUGCUUAUGCAUGAGGAUGAUGACAUUUCUGCUAAUAUAGUGGGCUUCUGUUACGACUACUUGCAUGUACUCAAACAGCUUCCUCUCCUUACUGAUCAGCAGAAGAGUAAUAUUGAGGCCAUCAUGCUGGCUGUUAUGAAAAAACUGACAUAUGACGAUGAGUACAACUUUGAAAACGAGGGUGAAGAUGAGGCGAUGUUUGUGGAGUACAGGAAGCAGCUGAAGAUGCUGCUGGACCGUCUGGCUCAGGUCUCUCCUGAGCUCUUACUGGAAUCUGUGCAUAGAGUCUUCACCAGCACCAUGCAGAGCUGGCAAACCGCCCGGUUCAUGGAGGUGGAGGUGGCGAUCCGCUUGUUUUACAUGUUGGGAGAAGCACUGCCUGCAUCACACGGAGCUCAUUUUAGCGGUGAUGCCGCGAAAGCCAGCACUCUACAGGACAUGAUGAGGACGCUCCUCUCUAGCGGCGUAAGCGAGUACCAGCACACCUCUGUCACACUGGAGUUCUUUGAGACUGUUGUUCGCUAUGAUAAGUUCUUCAUCGUGGAACCUCAGCACAUUCCAGUCGUCCUGAUGGCGUUUCUGGAUCAUCGUGGCCUGAGGCACAGCAGUCCGAAGGUGCGCAGCAGAGUGGCUUACCUUUUCUCCAGAUUCAUCAAAACGUUACAUAAACACAUGAAUGCCUACAUCGAAGACAUCCUGAGCCGAAUACAGGACCUUCUGGCGUUAACUCCUCCUGAAAACGGUUUCCCUGCGCUCCUGAGCAGCGAUGAUCAGCUGUUCAUGUUCGAGACGGCCGGUGUUCUGAUCGUGAACGGCGAGAGCCCGGCUGACAGGAAACAGGUGCUAAUGCGCAGUCUGCUCACGCCGCUCAUGGAGGGCUUCCGCCUGCUGCUAGCCAAACUCACACAGGAGAGCGACGAGGAGAGACAGACUGCCCUCGCUGACUGCCUCAGUCACGCCGUGGGCUUUGCCAGCCGCACCAGCAAGGCGUUCAGUAAUAAGCAGACAGUGAAGCUGUGCGGCUGCUCUGAGGUCUAUCUGGACUGUCUGCAGACGUUCCUGCCCGCGCUGAGCUGUCCUGUCCAGCGGGGCAUGUUGCGCAGCGCCGUACGCUCCUUCCUCCACCGCAUGAUCAUCUGCCUGGAGGAGGAGGUCCUGCCUUUCAUCCCCAGCGCCAGCGAGCACAUGCUGAAGGAUUGUGAGCCCAAGGACCUGCAGGAGUUCAUCCCUCUCAUCAGCCAGAUCACAGCCAAGUUUAAGUGUCAGGUGUCUCCGUUCUUGCAGCAAGUCUUCAUGCCAUUGGUUCUGGCCAUUUUUGAAGUAUUGUCUCGGCCAGCAGAAGAGAACGACCAGACCGCAGCGCUGGAGAAGCAGAUGCUGAGGAGGAGCUACUUCAGCUUCAUUCAGACCAUCGCCAGCAGCGGUAUGAAUGAGGUCAUGGCCAAUCAGGGUGCUGAAAAUGUAGAGCGUGUGCUGUUCACCAUUAUUCAGGGAGCAGUGGACUUUCCUGAUCCUGUCGCCCAGAAGACCUGUUUCAUAAUCCUCUCCAGACUAGUGGAGCUCUGGGGAGGUAAAGAUGGUUUAGUUGGGUUUCCAGACUUCAUUUACAAACACAUUCUCCCAGCGUGCUUCCUGGCUCCUCUCAAACCGACCUUCGACCUGUCCGAUGCUCAGACUGUCCUGACCUUGUCCGAGUGUACUCUGACGCUGAAAAUGAUUCAUCUCAAGAGGGGGCCGGAGUUUAUUCAGUUUCUGCAGCAGGAGUACCUGCCCUCUCUGCAAGUCUCACCUGAGAUCACACAGGAACUCUGUCAAGUGCUUCAGCAGCCUGACACCAAGGUUCUGAAAAACUACAUGAAGGCUUUCUUUCAGCAAGCCAAGCUGUAAAACUACGACGAGUUCAAGACAGUACAACAAAAGGACCGAGCUUAGUAUAGAAGCUGCUUUUGCACUUAAAGGGAGAAGCUUAACUGUGGCCGUCUCCGCUCCAGAGGGGAAACAUGGUGCCGAUUACAGGACUGUGGUGAGGACGAGCUCCCACCGAACCAAUCAGAGUCGUACUCUCCACCUGGGGACGGACGUCUGUGAUUGGCCAACCGGAUAAGGCAGAGAGCUAACAGUAGACCGCAGGAUGGGAUUUUGAAGAGAGAAAUUUUGUUCUGAACAAGAAAAAAAAAAUAUUUUGGCGCUUAAAAAUAUGAACUAUGAUUACAGUAAUAUUUUGUAUUUGUGAGCGCGCUUUCAUGGUUUAACAAAUAUGUAGGGAUUAAAUGCAAACCUGUAGAUCAUUUCAAGAGGUGAUAUAUUUGAGCAGUUGAAACGAGGUUUCUGUAACGAAUUAGCAGAAAAGGGGAGCCAUGCUGUGAUGAUUUUAUUUAAUGAAUUUGAUUUUCGUUUUUUAAUGUCAUGGAAUAGGAGCAUUUUGUUUUUAUUUUGAAGUGACUAGGAAUAUGAAAGUGCUCUUCUAGAUAUGAAACAUUCUGAUGUGAACAGUUAAAUAUUUGGAUUUAUUUUUUUUCCCUCCCUUCAUGGCGUAUUAAAUGCAGAGUGCCCCAUUUGAAUUGUACAGUGCAUCACUGACCUGUUUUAUUGCAGUUCCCUGGCAUCUUCCCUGAAUGCAGAAACACUGACGAACAGCAUGUUCAGGUUAAUUCAUCAAUGCCUGCAAUCCUGCCCACUUUCAGCUUUCAUACUGAGGAAUUAUGCAAUGUCUGCUUUCACAGUGUUUAAAGUGUCCAUUUUUACAUCAACGAGAGCUGAGCUGGUGUGUCUGGUUAUUCAUGGUGAUGUUUCAGCUGCUGUAAAGUGACAUGUCAGUGUUAUAUUUUUUGUAAGUAAAAUUAGACCUCUAUAAUCUUUUUUUUUGCAAAGUAAAUAACCAAGAGUUUGUGGUUAACAUCGAGUUGCACAGUCUGCAUGCUGCAGGUUGCAUGUUGAAAUUGCACAAUAGUUAAAAUGCGAUCAAAUGAAAAGAAAAAAACGGUCGCCCUAAUGUCAGGAGAGCUCAAGUUCGAAUUCCAGCGAUUCUGGGGGCCAAGAGAACAAAACUGGCUAUUCUGUCUGAGAGGGAGGGGCAUACUAUCUCUCGCUCCCCUGUCAAAGAAAGUCAACGUGGGCGUCUGGGUGCUCAAGUAUGUGGAAGAGGGCAGAUAGCGCUUUUCUAAGUGUGUGUUAUGCCGCCACGUGACACAGCCUGAGCAGCAGUUCGAAAAAAAAAUGCGUUUGCCUGGCCUCAUGUGUCUCUGAGGAAGCACACUAGCCUUCACCCUCCCUGUUGUUAGCUUCAGUUUUGAUAGUCGAGAGCUGAAUGGUGGAUAGGAAUUGGCCAAAUUGGUGAGAAAAGGGGAAAAAAAAACAAGGCUUAAAAAAAGAUGAUCGCUAUUACAUUAUUUUCACAGUGGUUUAAUACAAUAUUAGGACUAAGGGGCAAUUUGAAUAAAAACAUGCAAUUUGCAAAUUGUUAAUAAUGGCUGUUUGUGUUUAAUUAGUUCACUGUAAUUAGACAGCUUUUCAAAUCCUGGCUUUGUAAGUCCACUUUAAGUUGUAUAGGUAGCAUAACAAAACUAACAAAACGUAAAUCAUAAGUGGUUCUGGCAGGAAGUGAAUACAAUCCUGAAGGUGCAGUGAGAAUCUCUAACAUGAAGUUGAGCUCCUCUGAUAUACAAAUGUAGCGAUGAAAUAUGUGGUGUACAAUGAGAACAUGUUCUGUUCAAACUUAGUUAAUACUUAAUGGUUUGAAGUUUGUUUUCUUUCUACUUAGCAAGUAGGACCUGAGAGAUGCAAAACAGCAAUGCACAGCAGUCUGUACUGUAUAAUUAACCACUCAUUUCUUGGUAUAAUUUUGAAGUGAAUUGAUUUUCAAUUAUGUACAUGUCAAACACUGUAUGAAUUUCAUUCCCUCUGGAAGCUUUUAUAGCCACAGGGCACAAGACACAAUCUGGGUUAUCAAAUUUCACUGAGCAGCUCUGCUGAUAUCGUUCCUGACAGCUCCCUGUAGAUCAGUUAAAAAAAAUUUACAUUUUCCAGUAGUUUUUCAGAACUUCUGUCACCUAAACAUUUAAACAGAUACUGAACUGUUACCAGCUCCUAAAAACUAGCAUUAUGCCAAAUGAAUGCAAAGAUAUAAAUUCAAUUUUGUUUCAGACAAUUCUCUGCCUACACUUAUUUUUGAUAUCCCUUCAGGUCCUUGUCCCUACAUUUGUCACUACCAAUAAAGUGUAUCUAAUAAUGUAA